AUGCGUGCUCUCCUGUUCCUGGCCCUUGUGGGAGCUGCUGUUGCUUUCCCUGUUGAUGAUGAUGACAAGAUUGUUGGAGGAUACACCUGCCAGAAGCAUUCUGUCCCCUACCAGGUGUCCCUGAACUCUGGCUACCACUUCUGUGGAGGGUCCCUCAUCAAUAACCAGUGGGUGGUGUCUGCAGCUCACUGCUACAAGUCCCGCAUCCAAGUGAGACUGGGAGAACACAACAUCAAUGUCCUUGAGGGCAAUGAACAGUUUGUCAAUUCUGCCAAGGUCAUCAGGCACCCCAACUAUAAUUCAAGGACCCUGGACAAUGACAUCAUGCUGAUCAAGCUCUCGUCCCCUGUGACCCUCAAUGCCCGAGUGGCCACUGUAGCUCUGCCCACAUCCUGUGUAUGUGCUGGCACUCAGUGCCUCAUCUCUGGCUGGGGCAACACCCUGAGCUCUGGAGUAAAGAACCCAGACCUGCUGCAGUGCCUGGAUGCACCAGUGCUGUCUCAGGCUGCUUGUGAAGCCUCCUAUACUGGAAAGAUCACCAAUAACAUGAUCUGUGUUGGCUUCUUGGAGGGAGGCAAAGAUUCCUGCCAGGGUGACUCUGGUGGCCCUGUGGUCUGCAAUGGACAGCUCCAGGGUGUUGUCUCCUGGGGCUAUGGCUGUGCGCAGAAGAACAACCCUGGCGUCUACACCAAGGUCUGUAACUAUGUAGACUGGAUCCAGAACACCAUUGCUGCCAACUAAACAUCAUUAUCCCUCUGAACUGACUAUGCUAAUAAAGUGAAUGUUUCCUUA